AGUGAGACAUCUACGUUGUCUGCGCAUGCGUACCGUUUACUUAAUUUCCGACUCGAGCACUCGGCUUAUUAGUGUUAAUACAUUCUAUCCCUAUCAGUUGCACAGUUGGCCAAGCGGGCUAAAGCGCUGGUUAUACUAACAUAGCAAGGCAGGGCAUAAUCAAGCAGCGCAUGUGAAACAGGGGAGUGGUUAUACUCCGCAUAUCGCACAUUAUACUUCAAAAUCAGCUGUUUGCGAAAUAUCGAUUUAUUAAUUAAUUUGUUUUCUGACAGGAAAAGUUGUUCAAAGAGUGUUUUCUUGAUUAAUACACCAUGUGGCCUGAUGGACAAAUGGAAGAAGACUUCCUCGAUUUGGCAUUUUUAAAUAUUUGCCGUCUUCAAAAGAAACGGCAAGAAUCGAGGCGAGUACGGCGCUGGGCGGUUCAUCCAGUAAAUAGGGAUCGGAAAUUGAAUGGAUACUUCAGGAAAGUGUUCUUGAAAUGCAAAUCCCACGACAGCAAGAUUUUUCUUUUAACCAGGAUGAACCGCCCGGUGUACGAUUUAUUGCAAACGUUGCUAAAUCCGUUUCUGGAAAGACCCAAGAAACAAAUCUCUCCAGAAGAGCGCCUUGCGAUAACACUGAUGUAAGUUAAAGGCGAAUGCUAGAUAUUCAUUACAUUAUAAUAACAAUUUUUUUUGUAGGUACCUCACACAUGGAACGUCGUUCGAAAUCAUCGCUUCAAUGCACAAGAUGGGAAAAACCACUGUUCGGAAUAUUGUGUUAGAGACCUGCGAGAUUAUAUGGACCACUUUGUCUCCAGUAUAUCUCAGCGAACCCACUUUGGCGCAAUAUAAAGACAUUGCGGACGACUUUUCCAGAAUGUGGAAUAUGCCAAAUUGUGUAGGAGCCAUUGACGGGAAACACAUAGCCAUCACUUGUCCGAAGAAUUCUGGCUCGCUGUACUUUAAUUAUAAAAAAUUUUAUAGUAUAGUUUUAAUGGCUACCUGCGACGCCAAGUACACAUUUACAUCCGCUAGCAUUGGAAGCUUCGGAGGACAAAGUGAUGGAGGUGUUUUCCAGCAAACAGCAUUUGGACGGGCGCUGCUGAGCAAUAGUUUGCCACUACCACCAAAAACGCCGUUAUGGAGAGGAUCGAUGGAAGAAUUUCCACAUUUUUUUGUCGCCGACGCGGCAUUCCCACUGAAGGAAAAUUUAAUGCGGCCAUACCCUGGCGUACAACUAACUCGCAGCAAAACAGUUUUUAAUUACCGAUUGUCGCGAGCUCGUCGGGUAAUUGAAAAUAGCUUCGGGAUUUUAACUGCUCGCUGGCGUGUCCUUCGAAAAGUCAUCGAUUGUAGUCCGGAGAACUGCGAAAAGAUCGUUUUAGCGUGCUUGGUUUUGCACAACUUUGUAAUGCUAAACGAUCUAAAACGAUGGUACUGUCCAGAAAAUUUCGUAGACACAGAUGACCCAGAACAAGUGACAACAAAUGGAGAAUGGCGCCGUGAUCUGGAGGAUCUGGGUGGUCCAUUGACCUCGAUAACGUCAAAUCGACGUAAUGCAAGCGCGGCUGCAUUCCGUUUAAGGGAAAAAUCGACAGACUAUUUUUUAAAUCAAGGUGCCGUCCCUUUUCAGUAAAAUGUCAUUAGUAUUAUGU